UUUAGUUAUAAUUUUAUUUGUAUUAACUAUCAGGAAUCAGUAGAGAAGCAAAGUGUUUUAACAGCUGAAGUGAUGGAAAAAAAUGAAAUAGUAACUUCUCUUCAAAAAAAAAUGACUAUAUUGCAAGAGCAAUGUCAUUAUGCAAAUAUGCAAAUUCAUUUUAAAGAGGGCAUCAUUAAAAAAAUGCGAAAAGAACUAAGACGAAUAGCUAAGUGUCUAUAUUCUAGUUUCUUUUCUUCUACUCAUAAUUGUUAUAACAAAAUUACUAUUGAUAAUCAAGAGAUGGAAUUUUUUUGUAAAUUAUGUGAAAAAAUUAUUGUAUCAAAAAUGAUGCAAACAUCUGCAAAGCAUAAAAAUAAUUCUAUUUUACAAACUUAUAUUGAAAAUAUUUUGGAUUGUAAUAAAUUAACAAAAAAUAUACCUACAAUGAAAACAAAAGAAAAUAAUUUAGCAAAUAAAACAAUAGAUUAUUGUGCAAACACUGAGUUUAGUAAAAUUAAUAUGUAUACAAAAUUUCAUAACAUUGAUAAAAAAAUUUUGAAAUACAGCAAAAAAUUGCCACCUUUUAAUAUAUGUAAACAAUCUUUGGACAACAAAAAUGUUUUUAUUUCUGAAAAUUAAAAUAUAUUGUAUAUACAUAUAUACUAAUCAAUUGAUAUAAUAAUGAAAAUAUUAAGUUCUUAUAUUAAUAUUAAAUAUAUAUAUAAUUUAUAAAUUUAAAAUCUUCAAUAUUAUAUUUCAAUAUGAUUGCCAUUUAUAUAAAAAUAUAUAUAUAUUUCAUUUAUUUAACAUAAAAAUAUAUAUAUUUCAUUCUUUUAACAUGCACAUUGAAAUCAAUACUUUAUUCAUAUAUUUAUUAUUUAACAUAUUUUUUGUUUAUAUUUCAAAAUAA